AUGCCGGCAGAGCCCCCGGGCAGCGGCAGUGUGACACCUCGUCCCCUGGCAGACAGCCGUGUGGCAGGUCACCCAGCCGCAGGGGGGAAGGCACGGCUCAGUCAGCGCCAGCACCGCUGUCCUCUCGCUCCUUCAUCCCCCGCAGUUCCCCUCACUAAGGGUCCCCCAGCUGAUGCUCUCCCUCGUGCUUCCCUCUCCCCAUCCCCUUCCCCGGGGGAUGUGAUCACUCGGGCAAGGAGAGAAGUUACCGCCCGGCGAUUCUCUCCGUACGGAGACCAAGCGCCGGCACUUCCCGCUGCCACCGGGGAGACCCUGUCCCGACAGGACCCUGUCCCGACAGGACCCUGUCCCGACCGGACCCUGUCCCGACAGGACCCCCGCGGCCCCAGGCAGCAGCAGCAGCAGUCCCGGGCCGGAGGGGCUCCCCCCGAGCCCCCCGAGCCGCCUGCAGCGCGGACACCGCCGGCGCAUCUCUUUCCUCCUCUCUCGGAGCCCUUUUCGUUCAGCGGCGAUCGCUUCGAGAUACCCCGAGGACUCCCCGGCGCGCUUGUGCGCGGCGAUGCGGGGUCGGGCUAG